AUGCCUCCGGUGCUCCUUCACGUCAUCUAUCUACCUCCCAAGUUUAGUUUCAGAUCCUACUGCAAAAAAGCCACAACUUUGAAGACCAAGCACCGCACGUACGUGAUCACGCACACAGCUCCGCAGCGUAACAGCAGGACAAGCCCUAAGCAGGACGUGCCGAGCCCCCGCCCUGCGGGUGCCGGCAGGGCGGGGCGAGGCGGGCUGGCGGCGGCUCCCGCGGGACUCCGACCCCCCCCGGCCCGGCGGCGGAGGGCGGGCGGAAGCGGCGCGGGCUGCACCUGCCGGGCUGCGCGGCUGGGCUGGGUUCGGCUCGGAGCGGUGCGGCGCGGCUCGGAGGAGCCAUGCCAGCAGCCACUGCGCCGGGGCCGGACGAGCCGCGCACUGCUGCGCCCGGGCGGGACGGCGGCGGCCCCCGCGGGUACUCAGAUAAGCAGCUGUGCUACUGUGCAAAGCAGUUUGGACUGGUGCCGUGGGCCUGAAGAGCGACGGGAAGAGGAUUUUGCAUUUGCAGGAAGCCUGCCUGCCUUGCUUUUUGUUUUGUCUUCAGAUGACGGGCAGUGCAGCCAUGUACUCCCUCCCCAGCUGGGCACCCUGCAGAUCAUUCAUGGCAAUGGCACAGCCGUCGGGACGGUCAUCGCCUUCCAGUGUGCGGCCGAGCACCAGCUGGAGGGGCCGGGCGUCAUCACCUGCAUAUGGAAGGGGAACGAUACCCAGUGGACGGCAGAAGUGCCCUCCUGCAAGCCCAUAUCGAAGUAUGAGACUUUUGGAUUUAAAGUUGCAGUGAUUGCUUCCAUCGUGAGCUGUGCCAUCAUUCUGCUGAUGUCCAUGGCUUUUUUAACCUGCUGUCUCAUCAAGUGUGUGAAGAAAAGUGAAAGGAGAAGGACUGAAAGGGACAUGCAGCUGUGGUAUCAGCUCAGAACUGAAGAACUGGAGAACAUGCAUGCUGCUUACUUUGGCUAUAAGGGAAGGAAUAACAACAACAACAAGAAACUCAGGAAUAAUUCUGUAUUUGACGAUGUGACUAACAUGGCAUAUGACAACCAAGGCUUCUACAGAUUCCAGGAGGAGUGGACUCGGGACACGGCAGCUUCGGGGCGCUGCAAAGCCAGUGAGCGGCUGCCCAAGCUCAGCAGCAGCAGCAGCACACCUGAGAGACCCACAGUGCCGGGACACAGCACUGCUCUGCACACAGUGAAUUCAGUCCAUGUGGUUGAGGUCUAUGGACACACAGACAGAUACAACAAACCCAGGUGUCAGAUACCUGGCUAGCUGCUGGCUGAAGUGCACUUGCUUCUCUGGACCAAAAAGAAGUGGAUCAAAAUAAUGUGCCUUAAAGAUAACGCAGGAAGUUAACUAUUCAUUUGAAUCUGGAAGUUUUAUAUAUUACAAAGUGGUUAUUUAACAGGAAUACUUUGAGGUCUGAUAUAAAUAAAAUAAGGAAUAUUGAGGCUGGCCGUCAGCAGCCAUUCUCUGCAGUGCGCUGUGUGUUGUGGCCAUGGCAGAGCACCAUGGCUUUGUGUACCUCCAGAGAGGAGUGGGAGCCAGUUUGUGUCUCUGCCUCAUAGAAAUUCACUGGUCAUAAUUACACAUUCAUUAUGCCUUCCUUAACCCGUGUUUAUUGUAAACAUAUCAGGAAGAAAAAUCCCCCAUAUUCUUACACAGCGGUAUGAUAGAAUGACAGUAAGAUGUUUUUUAAUUAAAAGCCCCUCUUGUUCUGCAGAAGGGAGGCCUUACUGCUUAAUUGCACUGCUCUGUGUUUAGAGGCCAUGGAUGGAGUGGUGCAGCAGGGCACAGCCGCAGACCCCCAGCUGGUCCAGGAGCCCUGGGGACCUGCUGCUGCUGCACCCAGUGAGUUUUCACCCAGCAAUGACAUUGCAGCCUAGAGUAAAGCAAGAGGACAGCAGGUGUUUAGGUAAAUCUGAUUCCGUGAUGGAAAUAAAAGUAGUAAUGAGUUAGCAAAGCAGAAUUUGAACCAUCAUUGCUGCAGCUUCAGGAAAUUGUGAAGGACGAGGAAGGCUGGGGAAGGUGCAAAAGGGCUUUAAUAAGGGGAGAGCUGAGAAGCGCGAGAAGUGCCAGGGAAAAGAUGCUUCUGAUAGCCACAAAGAGCGCAGGAUGCAUGCUUGAAGUAUCAGUUGGCACAGAAGGCCACAGGAAGCAGCAGUGCAGGUGGGUGCAUUCAGUGCCUCCGCGCAGAGCACCAGUCACUGGCAUUUAUUGAGGUGUCUAAUCCAAGAGGCAGCACAGUUACUACAGGAUAAGGAAACAACACCCAUGCUGUCUUUCAUGCGAUUUGUGGCUCCGUUCCCUCUGGGUCUG